AUUUUUUUUAAGUUCGAUUAGUUUUUCUUUCAUUAACGAAUCCUAUAGUGACUAUGAUUUAACAACAUUAAUGUAAGCUGAUUUUUUUUAACUGGAUAAAAGUGAAAAUUGGGUCAAAGAUUUAAAAAGUCAUCUAUUUGAAUAUUUGAUAUGAAGAAUAUAUGCAGUUACGAUAGUUCACCACAGGAGGGCAGUAAGAACUAAAUUACUUUAGCUUUUACUUCAAGCUUUAUGCGUUUCUAAGUGGAGUCAAUUUUAUUAAUUUUUUUAUAGUGGCAAAGAGUCCCCAGUAGAUGGCGAUAGAACGCAGCACGCUUGAUGAAUAGCAGAGAAGAAGAUUAAACCACCUUUUCACUGCAGCGGACUGAGCUGAAACUAAACGUUAAUAAAACACUAAGAUAAUGUGAACAGCGGAGGCUAACCUGUGAGGGACCAAUGUUCAGGUGCAACUUAGGAUCAUCAGUGAAGUACUUGGCCUCUCUACCAGCUCUGGGACGCCAUCACAUCCUGCAAAACAGUCGUUGCUUUUUGUGCAGGAUGUCCACUUCACCGAACCCAGUAGCUGCAGUCUGUCAAGUUACGGCGACCCCAGACAAGGAGGCCAACUUCUCUGCCUGUAAGCAGCUGCUGGAGGAAGCCAGGCAGCGAGGGGCCUGCAUGGUGUUCCUGCCAGAGGGAUUUGACUACAUUGGAUCCAGCAGAGAGGAGACACUGUCGAUGUCAGAGCCUCUGGGAGGCGACAUAAUCUCCCGAUACACUCAGCUUGCCAGGAAAUUGGACGUGUGGCUGUCUCUGGGAGGAUUUCAUGAACGAGGACACGACUGGGAGAACGACAGGCGUAUUUACAACAGCCAUGUUAUCGUUAAUAACAAAGGUGACAUCCUGUCAGUCUACAGAAAGUCCCACUUGUUUGAUGUGGAGCUGCCGGAGAAAGGUGUGUCACUCAAAGAGAGUGCGUUCACUAUUCCCGGACCCUCCCUGGUUCCUCCAGUCCAGACUCCAAUUGGCAAGGUCGGGCUGGGCGUCUGCUAUGACUUGAGGUUCCCUGAGUUGUCGCUUGCUUUGCAAAGACACGGUGCAGAUAUCCUUACGUAUCCAUCUGCCUUCACGGUAGCAACAGGAGCUGCUCACUGGGAGGUGUUACUCCGUGCCCGGGCAAUAGAAGCGCAGUGCUUUGUCCUGGCAGCGGCGCAAGUAGGCCGGCACCACGAGAAGCGUUCGUCCUACGGCCACGCCUUAGCCGUCGACCCCUGGGGGGAGGUAGUGGGUGACUGUGGAGGGGAGAAGCCGGGGAUGGUGCUGGUGGAGGUCAACCUGGAUAAAGUCAAUAGGACCAGGAAGAACAUGCCUGUCCAGCAGCACCGCAGGGACACUGCUUUUUACCACAGUAUGAGUCAAACCUGUUUGUGAUUAAAAGUGGAAAGAUAAAAUUGUCUAUUCAAGCAGGACUGAAUGUCAGAAUUUCACAGAUAAAUAAAAAGAAUAAAAGCUGUUCCACUUCCUACACAGUCUUGAAAAGUUAGGGUAAGUAAAUUGUUGUAAAUUCAUAGGAAGUAUUUGUAUUUAUAUGAUGACUUGCAAGCCUGACGUUAUUGGUUUGAAUUUUGAGUCCUACUGUAAUUAUUUUUAAUUUUUCUUGUAUUUCUAGACUUUAUUCUUUGACAAAGUCAAUCAGAUCCGUUUCCUAUCUGUAAAUGUUACACAUAAUGAUCACUAGAUGGCACUGUUGGACUAAAAGCACUAAGGAUAGCAAGCAACGUUGGGCAUUUACUGAUGUAUAGCAAUUUAAGGGUAUUAGAGGUAUAAUUGCAAUUAAUUUUCUAAUUUAAUAGACAUAACAGGAUUUAUAUUAUAAAACCUGUAUGACCAUUUUAUAAAUAAAUGGUUUAAAUGAGAAUGCUAAAAAGGAGUUUCUACAUAAAUGGUCAAUAAUUAUUUAGUUCAGUUUUAGCAUGUGGUAUUGAAUGUUGGGAUGUUCCCAUGCUUCUACAUUAUAUAGAAUGUAUUACUUUCUCCUGCAAAACAAUGAUUUUGUUUUGAUCACACCAGCGCUGCCUUCCUCAGCCCAUCAACUAUAGAAAAAAAUGACUUAUAGCAAAUAUGAAGUGUUGGUGAAAAUUUCUCACAGCUGCAAUAUAUUACACUUUUUUUGUUUGUUUUAUUCAGUGGAAAUUUGGUAUGAAGUGUAAGAUCUAUCUCUAAAAAGGUAACUUGAGAGACUGAAACCAGGGCAAACAAAUCAUUGCUCUUUUUAUCAAAGAUAUCGCAAAUGUAGUUUUUAUUUGAAUUAAAAAUCGUUGAAUUUAACCACGCAAACCAUAUUUUCCACAUGACUUCUUUAAAUAAAACAGUGUCGUUCACAA